GAGCCCUGCCCGUUCCACAGAUGAUUGACUUGUUUAAUUUUCAUGUCAGUACUUCUAACUCAGUGACUGUAAGUGGGUUAUGAUAACGAUUUCAAAUAUUUUUUCAAAAAUGGCCAAAAAAGAGAAUUCCAUACCCAACCUUUAACCAGAAUCUAGUGGUGGAAUCAUCUUGAAAUAUGCCAGGCGUUUUAACGUGGAUUUUAUGUUUCUUUUUACCAUAUUAGAUUGUGCGGGAGGAAAAUGGUGCUUUUUUUCCAAAUAAUAAAUGUAUCAUUUAAUAAUAAUUUUAUUUUGGUGCAUACAAUACGAAACCUCAGCCUCAUCGCCCACUUCCGGUCCUCGCUCGACGGCGGCCACGUCUGGUGACAGCGGGUCUGUGACGUCAUCACGGUGGUUUGAAUAGUGAACCUGUACUUUGAACCCACGCCUGUUACUGAUUUCCGAGGUUCAGUUGGAAAACAGUAAACGGGUCUAACAGAAAGUCUGUUGAGAGGAAGCAGGUUUUCGUUCAGUUUAGCAACAGACGUCAUGAUAGGUCCAAAGGAUAAUCAAAGCUUUUGAUUGGUAGUGCUUUCCUCUAGACUCGGGUUUGGUUGAUCUGUGAACACCAAUGUGUUUGUGAGGGGGUUCUUUUUCUAGUUGAAAAAGAAAAAUAAACUAAAAAUCAUUUUUCAAAACCCAUAGCCGAUCUUAAGUUCCCAGCACUGAGAGGUCUUUUGUAAUUGUAGGAUCUUGUUGACACUGUUCAGAUAUUUCUUAUACCUGGUGUUUGAUACGAGUUCUGUUGUUCUGUAUUAAGCUUUUACGUUUUGACUCAAAACGCUGAUCGACUUUGAAUACUACUUGUGUUGACAGCGCGGUGCUCUCCUUCACUUAAAACAAGGAACAUGCAGCUAUUGAGAAAGUUCUCCUUUCCUGUUUUCUGUGUGCUACAAAAGGAGCAUGGUUUGGUGACGCUCAACCCAGCUUGUCUGGUGACUAUCCGAUGCUCCAUCUCUCAAACUUCGUACAAUCUCAACGGCUGGGGCGAUGUAUGUGCGAGAGAGAAUACGUUUGUUUUGUUAGCCGUGAGCGCUUCUUCCUUUUUGGUUUACUCCUUUUGUUUUAAACCCUGUUCCUGUUCGCCGUCGCCUCCUAUAUAGAGGCAAAGCGACGCGGAGUUGUCGCCGAGGUGCCUCUUCGGUCGAGCGCGACGCGCGUAAAAUCCUCCGCUCUGUUCUCCGUCUUUGUGACGAGAGAGAGAGCGCUGCAGCAAUACAAGUGGCUGGUUAUUUUGAAUCCUGCCAAAGGUUACACUCAGGAAGAACUCUUGAUUGCUUGAAAUUAUGCUACAAUGCAACCCACCAAACGACUGCAUUACGCUGCUGUCGCGGGGUCAUGUGGAGAGGCUGUCUGGCGCCUCUCCAGCCGGCGUUCAGCCAGCAUCGCACAGUCACCUGACGAUUGGCCUUCGAAAAAAAGCGCCUUUGACCUCACGUGCUACGUCUCCUUGACGAAACAACGUGUUCUCCCUGACCCGUACAUCAGGCCACUUCAGCCAAGGCCUUUUCUGUCCCAAACGCCUCGCUUUAGGACCAGAGCUCUGGGUGGGAUUAGAGAUGGAGCGAUUCAGUUGAUGCAGUCCUUGACGUAGGAGAAGCUGUCGUUUCAGAACACCUGACCUGUGUAUAGUGGGGCCAGGCCUGUCCUUAACGUAGGAAGAGCAGUGGUUUAAUACAGGUGACCUGUGUAUAGUGGCCUGUCCUUAACGUAGGGUAAGUGUUGGUUUUACUACAGGUGUGUAUAGUGGAGGGCAGGCUUGAGCUGCAAUAAAGGCAAACCCAGGUUCCAAAACGCCCUGGGGGUUUCCAUGGAGAUAUUCUUGCUAGUUGGUGUUGGUGCUUUUAUCUUAAGAUGUUCUAAUGACGAAUUGAAAUGUUUUGUUUUGCUUUUUAUGAUUAUUAUUAUUAAAAUGGUUUGAUAUAAAUUACUUGUCUCAGUCUCCACUCCUUGGGGUGGGCCGUGCCUGGGAGAAUGACAAGGUCCUGUUGACGGUUUCUCGUCAUGUUGAUGACAAAUAGGCAGGAAGGUAAUAACUGAAGUGAUGACAGCAUGGGAGGAACCGGUAAAAACGAGCCUACCAAUGAUUAAAUGUUUGGUUGAGUCAUGGCUAGCCUGGGGAAUUGGAUCACUUGGAUCCCUUGUGUAGAAAUAGCUAAACCUAAUUACCCUGAUUUGGGUAGCUAUUUUUAUGUGUGCAUGCGUUUCAACACUUGUAAAUGUUGAUAGAUUAUUGUUUUUUCUAAACCAAUUGUAAACCUGUAACAUAUAUUUUUUUCCUCCCACAUUGUGGAUCAGGGCUGUGCAAUGUGUACACAGUGGGUGCCAUUGGUUACCCAAGAUGUAUGCGACUCUGUGCCAAAGCCUUGAGUUUAUCUCUUGGCUUCCACCACUGAGAUUCGGGAGGCCUUGGUAGACUGAACACAAUGGAGCAGCUGUGAGAGGUCUCUAUGCAACUGUGGAUGAGAUACUUUGUGGCACUUCAAUCAAUAUGGUAUAAUAAAAAUGGGAUCCAAUGAACUAGGAUUUGAUCAAGGUUUUAUUUGAACAUUGUACAUAUAAUUGUGUAAUUGUUCAUAAAUCCUAAUUUAACUGAAAGUCGGUCCAUGCCCGGUUGUAUAGAAGAUUCUUUUAUUUUUAAAACCAAAAUGCUAUUUCAUCCUGACCCCAUUUGAAUCAUUGGCAAACGUAUUCACUCGUCACCAACUAAUCACCUAUGUGUUACCUAGUUUACAUGAAGCUGGCCAUUGAGCCAUAGAAUCAACCUGUUUCGUGGGAUCCACGAAAAGUGUCAACACAGUUUCAAAGUGUGGCCGCUGUGUAACCAUUCCUCCCAUCAUCCCUCGGUCUGGACGCUGUUCUCACCGCCGCUCAGCGGAGUCUAGCUAGCUGGAGGGAUGAGAGCUCGGUGUCCCUCCAACAACAUCUCUUGCGAUGUUUUUCUCCUUCCUUAUUCCCUGCUCUUAUCGCAGAUAAACCUAGAGAGCAUGUGCUGUUCUAAUGGGUAGACGGUACCGUAGAGCGCCGAAGUCUGCAACACGCCAGGGUGUUGGUGUCCAAUCCAAGGACAGGGCUUUUUUCAAUAAGAAGGCGUGUGUGUGUGUGUGUGUCUUUAUAAAGAAGACUUCCCCUGAGCCUGGCCCAAAAAACAAGGGACUCGGGCAGAGCCAGAGACACGUCGCAGCUCUAUCUAUUAAGCAUGUUGGCCGUUCUGCGUGCGUGCUGCUGCCUGGCGUGGCUCCUGCUGAGGUGUGGGGAGGGUCUCCCCGAGCAGCCCCCAGACAGACCCGGGGCGGACGGACAGAGGCCAGACACGGACGUGGACGCCCCAUCUGCAGGGGCAGAGAAGCCCUCGGACGCCUUCUCCUUCCUGCGGGAGCUCCAGGCCUUCCUGGGCGACGUCUUCCCCCUGCCCCCCGGGGAGGCCGUCUCCUUGAGGGUGCAGCUGCCGUCCCUGAAGUCCCUGCCCAGCCUGGCCCUGGGGCCGGCCUCAAGCGAGACGCUCCUGGUGGGGCUGCUCAACUCCUCCUCGCCCACCUUCUUCUCCUUCCCGCCCCUCCGCUCGGUGCGGCGGCUGGGCCGCGGGGGAGAGCUGGCCCUGCCGCCCGACCUGCUGGAGGAGCUCCGGAGGAAGCUGGGGACGCUGGAGCAGCAGGUGGAGGUGCUGAUGGGGGAGGUGGCGGUGGAGCAGAAGGCCGUUCGGAGCCUUGAGCGCCUCAAGGCUCUCAGUGCGCUUCCCAGGGAGGUGCGACCAGCAGGAGAGCUCCAGUACAGAGCCUUCCUGCUGAUGCUAGCCCUACAGACGGUAUCGCAGGCCUACGAGAUCCAGAGAGGCCUGCGAGCCGCCAGAGCCGGUCAGGCCAGCGAGAGCAACAUCUGCAGGGUGCAGGAACACUAUAUGCAACUGGAAACGUAUGUGUUGUCGCCCUGCAGGGCCUCUAUCAAAAAAUGCACCGGGGUCUGUAGCUUCCCCCUGCACAACCCGACCAACCACGCCGUCGUGAUCUUUGACCAGAUCCAGAGCGGCGCCUUGCUGGACAGCUCCGUGUGCUGCGUGCCGGUGGCCUACGAUUCCCUGCGGGUGGUGGAACUUAUGGAUGACGGGACCACCCUCAGCCACGUCAAGGAAAACAUGUUUGCCAAAGAAUGUGGCUGCCGCUGAAGAAUCACCUUGCCUGUGGUUAAGGAAUACAUUAUUCCCCUCCACGGUUUGACUGAAAUAGAUCGUACAGAUGUUUUUUCCAAUUCCAUUUUUUCCUUCCCGAUUUUCGAUUUCUGAGCUUCAGCAUCGGCCGAUACCGAGUAUUUACCGAUACAGCACCUGGCAUUGCGUUGAUAUAUAUUUGAUGUACUUGAUUCGUUUUUUAAAUGUCUUCACGUUUUAUCAUUUAUAUACAUAUUGACAUUUGUUCUGGCUGUAACUUGUGUACAAUUUUGUGACUCAGAAUAAACAAAGCCCGUUUUUUUUCUUC